AUGGCAGAGGAGGUAUGGGUAGGCGCCUGGAGGCCCCAUCGCCCCCGGGGGCCCAUCAUGGCCCUCUACAGCAGUCCUGGACCCAAGUACCUGAUUCCACCCACUACUGGCUUUGUGAAGCACACACCCACCAAACUUCGAGCACCGGCCUACAGCUUCCGUGGGGCUCCCAUGCUCUUGGCGGAGAAUUGUUCCCCAGGGCCCCGCUACAGUGUGAACCCCAAGAUAUUGAGGACUGGCAAGGACCUUGGCCCUGCCUACUCCAUCCUGGGGCGCUACCGUACCAAGACCAUGCUGACCCCCGGCCCGGGCGAUUACUUUCCAGAGAAAUCUACCAAGCAUGUAUUCGACUCGGCACCCAGUCAUUCCAUUUCUGCUCGGACCAAGACCUUCCGAGUAGACAGCACUCCAGGCCCUGCUGCAUACAUGCUGCCUGUGGUGAUGGGGCCACACACGGUGGGCAAGGUCUCUCAGCCCUCCUUCUCCAUCAAGGGCCGCAGCAAGCUGGGCAGCUUCAGCGACGACCUGCAUAAGACUCCAGGUCCUGCUGCGUACCGUCAGACUGAGGUUCAAGUGACCAAGUUCAAGGCUCCACAGUACACCAUGGCUGCCCGGGUGGAGCCCCCAGGGGAUAAGACCCUGAAGCCAGGACCAGGAGCCCACAGCCCUGAAAAGGUGACCUUAAACAAGCCCUGCGCCCCCACCGUCACCUUUGGCAUCAAGCAUUCUGACUACAUGACGCCCCUGGUUGUCGACGUGGAAUAG